UCGGUUCCUCGGUGGUGCCUUCUCGGCAUGGCUUCUUGGGGUGGUUCGUUUGGGCCCUCUUUGGUCGGCUUAUUUGCGUGGGCUGUUUUGGUCUUUGCGUGGUCGGUUCGGCUGCGAUGCUUCUGGUGUUUUGUCUGGCGGCUUCCGCCUUCGUCAGGCGAUGGGGUGCAGUGGAGGGUACCCGGAAUGGCUGUGGCACCACCGGUGUGCUGUAUGGUGAUGCUAGGAACAUUGCAUUGUCGUUUGUCGGUUUUGGAGGACGAGGGUGACACCUUGCAUAGCAGGAAUUCGUGGUUGCUCCAUUGGUUCACACUGGCUCAAAAGACACCCCGUGGUACUCCUGCGUCGACAAUACCACAAAGCAUUGUUCCACAAGCAUUACCACCUCACCGACCCCACAGCACGGUUCUCGGUCGUCCUCUGGAAUGUGUUUACGCCUAAACCGCGUCUGAUCCCUCGGGGGCCUGGGUAGCAGUUAGCUGUCCCUCUGCUAUGGAAGUGAGUAUCCUUCUGUCUCAUAACCCUUACCCUCUGCUUCGGGUGCCUGAAGCUGGGGUGUCCGGGCUGGGG